CCUAUCCCGGCGCACACCACGCGUCCGCGGCCUCCGGAGCAAUCGGGAGGCAGCCGGCGAGCCGACGGUGGGCCGGGCCUGCUCUCUGGGAGGAGGAAGAGGGGCCGCCGUGCCGGUCCCCAGAGCCCCGCAGCCCCGCAGCCUGCCCCGCCGGCAGGAGAAGCUGAGGGCCGCCGCCGCUCCGCCCGGCGCCGCCGCCAUGGCUGCCAUGAUGGGUCGGAAGUGAGCCUGCGGACGACGGUGCCGGCGCGGGCGCUGCCCGCGGGGUCCCCGACGCCCCGAACACCCCCGCCGGGGAGCCUCGGCCCCCGCGAGCCCUGUGAACCCGGGGCGGCCCGCGUCCUCCAAGCCUGAGCAACGGGGAGUGGCUCCCGGCCUCCGGCCCCGGCGCCGAAUUAGAUGGUGGACCCGGCGGAGUGCAACAGCAAAGUGAUGUGUCGCUUCAGACCUCUCAAAGAGUCCGAGGUGACCCGCAGCGACAAGUACCUCGCGAAGUUUCAGGGAGAGGACACGAUGAUGAUCGCGUCCAAGCCUUAUGCAUUUGACCGGGUGUUCCAGUCAAACACGUCUCAAGAGCAAGUGUAUAAUGACUGUGCGAAGAAGAUUGUUAAAGAUGUACUUGAGGGAUACAACGGAACCAUAUUUGCGUAUGGACAGACCUCCUCUGGGAAGACGCAUACGAUGGAGGGUAAACUUCAUGAUCCAGAAGGCAUGGGAAUUAUUCCAAGAAUAGUGCAAGAUAUUUUUAAUUAUAUUUACUCCAUGGAUGAAAAUUUGGAAUUUCUUAUUAAGGUUUCAUAUUUUCAAAUUUAUUUGGAUAAGAUAAGGGACCUACGAGAUGUUUUGAAGACCAAUCUUUCAGUUCAUGAAGAUAAAAACCCGAGUUCCCUACGUAAAGGGGUGUGCAGAGCGUUUUGUCUGUAGUCCAGAUGAAGUUGUGGAUACCAUAGAUGAAGGAAAAUCCAACAGACAUGUAGCAGUUACAAGAGUCACGAUGACCAUCACUUCGUGCUUACAGAUCUGGAUCACGGAAACUGUCAAUAAAGUGCCAUCUAACGUGCAGCCCUGUGUCUCAAAAAAUACAGGUCAUGUGGGCAGAGAAGAGCAGGGGGAGAGAGGAGAGAAGGUCCACCCCCCUCACCUGGACUGGACCACCCAGAGCGGGUGCCUUCUCUGCUAACAACCCCUGUGAAUAAGAAAGUUACAUUAGAUCAGAAUACCCAGACGCUGAGACAUGGAGGUUUGCAGCAAAGAGAGGAUUAGUCACAAGACAGACGAAUCUUGGAGCCACCUCGCUGAAGGCAACGGGAUUGGAAAUACGUGUGAUAAUCCACAUUCUGCUCAGGCAUAACUCAGCCACUGGCCUCUGAACUUUUAAAAGGUCUUCCAGUGGAAACUCACGCAUGCCCACUUGAAGGAUCAGUGGUCCUAUCCAGUCUUUACAGGCUCAGAUCACACCAGACACAGCUGAUACCAAGUUCCUAGAAAACAACUCGAGCAAACAUCUUAUUGUUUAAGCUAUGUCCUGCUUGAAGGACAUGCAAGUCUUUUGCAGUAACAAUUAAAAUGACUUUGAUUUGGUUACAGGUGAAAUGGAUUUAACCAGUGACUAUCCAUGGUUUCAUCUGCCAUACAGCAUAUAUUAAGAAUGAGAAUAAGAAAAAAAUGAGGAGGAACACUAAAAUGGAGAGGGGAAGACGCUGAAGACAAGUUUCCCAUUGCGAUUUUGGAUCAAGCAUUCAUUUGCAGGGCAUGGAAAGCCAUCUUUUGCAUUGAUUACUGAUCAUAAUAUGACCCGGCACUGGAUUUGCUGUAGAUCUGAAGUAAAACCCUGCAGGAGCAAACUGGUAUCAGCUAAGACCCCAAAACCAUCAGUGUUGAGAAGGUUCACCCCCAUGAGAAGAAAGAGGAAACAUUUUCAGGGUUGUAAUUGGAAGAGUUGCAGGGUUUAGGGGAGUCCAGUUUUACCUGAAUCCAACAAAAUGGUGUAGUCUGUAUUUAAUAUUGGAAUUGGGAGAAGAGGAGUUGCCUCUAGUUUUUUUUUUUUUUUUCUCUUCUUUCACUUUUACAGUUGCAAAAUAUUAUCAACUCAAAUCUGAGAGGAAAAAAAACUGAAAGUAUUUGUUGACCAAAUCAAAGUGCUUCAAUUUUUAUUUAAAUUUGUGUCUUUUAAAUCUUUAUGUAAAUCAUUCUAUGAUCUUUAUAGGGUAAAAAAAAAUUGUGACAAAAAGAAAAAACACAUAAUCCAAUCAAUCAAAAAUAAUUAUAAUUUCCUUAUCAAGCAUUCCUUCAGGUAUUUUCUGUGCAUACAUAGCAUUAUGUACACCUUUUAAAUAAAAUCAGAUCAUCUCAAUCAAAAA